CUUCCGGUGGAGCUUAUUGUCGGUUUCCUAACGUUCCUCUUUUCACUCUGUUUGUAGCAGAAUCUGGUGCUGAGUUGUUGAUAGUCUAACUGCGUUAAUUAUUUAAUAAUAAUAAUAAUAAACAAUAAACAAAUAGUUCGUUAGAAAUCUCCAUGUUCUGAAAUAGUCCGAGUCGGUGGUCAGUCAUUAGGACGCGCUGUCUAGAUGGUGAGUUGGAUCAGGUGUUAAUAUAAAAACAUUUUUCCAUCCACACGGUGCCGGAAUGAGCUUUUUCGGUUUUGGUCAAAGUGCUGAAAUCGACAUCGUUUUGAAUGACGCCGAAACGCGGAAAAAGGUGGAACACAAGACAGAAGAUGGGAAAAAAGACAAGUACUUCUUAUUCUACGACGGCGAAACGGUUUCUGGCAAAGUCAACAUCACGCUUAAAAACCCGGGGAAAAGACUGGAACAUCAGGGCAUUAAGAUCGAAUUUAUCGGGCAGAUUGAGUUGUACUAUGACAGAGGGAACCAUCAUGAGUUUGUAUCGCUGGUGAAGGACCUGGCUCGGCCGGGUGAGAUGAGCCAGUCUCAGACGUUUGACUUUGAGUUCACACAUGUUGAGAAGCCUUAUGAAUCUUACACGGGCCAGAACGUCAAACUCCGCUAUUUUCUACGAGCGACUGUCAGCAGAAGGCUAAAUGACAUCAGCAAAGAGAUGGACAUUGUUGUGCACACACUCAGCACAUAUCCAGAGCUGAACUCCUCUAUUAAGAUGGAAGUGGGGAUUGAGGACUGCCUACACAUUGAAUUUGAGUACAACAAAUCCAAGUACCAUCUCAAGGACGUGAUAGUUGGGAAAAUCUAUUUCCUUUUGGUGCGGAUUAAAAUCAAGCAUAUGGAAAUAGACAUCAUUAAGAGGGAGACAACAGGAACUGGGCCCAAUGUUUACCAUGAAAAUGACACCAUUGCAAAGUAUGAAAUCAUGGAUGGAGCACCCGUCAGAGGUGAAUCAAUCCCAAUUCGACUCUUCUUGGCUGGCUAUGAAAUGACUCCCACAAUGAGAGACAUCAACAAAAAGUUCUCUGUUCGCUAUUACCUCAAUCUGGUGCUCAUUGAUGAAGAGGAGAGACGUUACUUCAAACAACAGGAGAUUACAUUAUGGAGGAAGGGAGACAUUGUGAGGAAGAGCAUGUCCCAUCAAGCUGCCAUCGCCUCGCAGCGCUUUGAGGGCUCCGCUAGUGCAGAGAGGGCCAUCGCCCAGGCCAAGGAGGACGACAACUGAUAACCUGCAAAAGAAGUCUCGCGUCCGAGUGUACAAUUGUAGGGUUGUGGCUUUCUGAGUCUGCGUGUGCGUGUGUGUGUGUGUGUGUUUUCGAACACACCCGUUUUGAAUGUAUACAUAUGGGGGUGCAGCUAUGGCACAAUGGUCUUUUCCAUUCCUAAACAUUACAUUCUUUGAUUUAAAAAAAAGCUUGAAAAUAGCAUUCUAAGAUUUUAAGAAGGGAUGUAAAUGGAAAAAAGGUGAAAUGAUUAUUCAGUCUCAUUUGCCAGUAUAUUAUCAAUACAUUUUUCCUCAUUCAUUUGAAUUUGAUUCCACUUCAUUUGAUCCUGUGUUCCAGUCUCUUUCAUUUUACUUUUUGUUUUUGUUUUUUUUCAUAUCAUGAUACCUAGUGUUUAGCAACUGUCCCAGAUCAAAUAUCUUUUAACAUCUAAUUUUCAUAAGAUUUUUAUACAGUUAGGUCUUUUUUUAAGUCAGUGCUUCAGUUAAGUGCUUACGUGUUUGCUGUUAAAGUCAGUUUGGAGGUCAGUUUUACAUAGAACAGUCGACAGACGUCAUUUAUGCGCCCCUACAAGGGUUAAUGUAGCCAAGAGCAGGACCAAACUGAAUUUAAUAGUGACUUUUAUACCAUGAGUGCUGACACAUCGAGGUUGCAAGUUCAGUGUUGAAAUUCACCCGAGACGCUCAUGAUAUACUGAGGAUGUUCUUAUUAGACGCCAUUAUUAGAGCCAGUUUUGUAGACAUGCCUCGUCGUCAUUCGGUGUUUCAUAUCGUGCUGUAAAUCUGAUGCCAGAAUUUGUGAGGCUUUAAUCUAAUCAUGUCUUUUUUUUUUUUUUUUUUGGUGCCUAAUUUUUGAUUAUACUGAUUUUCACUUUCUGCAGUACUGGAAAUAAGUUGUUUCUUUGCUUAACAAAAUCGUAACUGUUGACUAACUCUUACAUAAAUAUUUGACUGACAAGUAUAACUUAAUGGGCGUUUUUUUUUUUCUUUUUUUUUUCAUUUUGUUUAUUUGUUUUUUAAAGAAAAAAGGUUAUUCAAGUAUUAGUGUGCACAGUAGAUUAGCAGUUACGAAAUAGUUUGGACUUCUUUCCAGUGUAGUACUGUAACUGUUAAAAUCUUCAACCUUUUAUAAUCAUUCCUUAAUGUGACACUUUUGCAAGCAUUUUGAAACAGCAGGGAUAACUUGUAUGUCCUAGGUGUGACACUGAAUACAGUGUUUGCAUUUCCCUUGUUUUCUGGAAAAAGGGAUCUUCGUGUUGAGUAUUAGAUCAUUUACAAGACUAAUUGGCGGUGUAUGAGUGUGUAUGUUUAAGUGUAUGAGAGUGCUUUUGCCUUAAAGGACAUUGACAUUGAUGUAUGUGUCAUUGGUAAAAAGUCCCGGAGAGUUUUGUUGGAAAAAAUGUUUCAACCAUUCCCAAAUGCCAUCGAAAGCAAUGCUUACUUAAGGUUUCAUGGAAGCUGUGAUUUGGUGCCAGUCAUCGACCAGCUUCAGAUGAUUAUUAUUGUUUUCAGAGAACAAAAGGAGAAAAAAUAUCUUUUGAUUUGCUUGCAGUUCUAACUUCCUAAUCCUUUAUCAUUAUAUAAAAAAAAGUGCAUUAAACAGCAUUUCACAGUUAUAUAUUAAAACUUAUGUAUGUACAAAAUUUAUUUACAGAUAUGAAAGUAUAUAUACGUUUUGGAAAGGACGUCUUUAGAAAACGCUUAUGACAAGCUUUUAAGGUACUCGCAGGAUUAGCGCAAAGGGAAUUUAAAAGAUCUUAUACUAUGCAGUACACAAACUGCUGUCACUGCUCGUAUUUCGUGUUCUGUAAAUGAAAAUGUGUUUUUACUCAGAUUUACCUGAUUAAAGAGCCCUCUGAAGUUUU